UACACAAAGUGAGUUGAUUGCGCGGAGUGGCGUCGUCGUGUUCUGCCGCCAAUUAUUCUGUGUAAAGAAAAUUCGGAUCUUUUUUGACGACUGCAGUUUUGUGUAACCUCUUUAACACUCAAUCAUUAAUGGAGAAGAACAAUCAAGCCUCCUCCUCAUUCACCAACGAUCUCUUCGGCGCCACGGAUUCAUACCCAAAUUCUGCCGCCAAUGGGAUUUUCUCGUCUAUUUUCGCAGCACCAUCCGCGGUUGCAGAAAGGAACCACUCCACUUCUGAAUCCAAUGCAAACGAGCACAAGCUACAGCUUGGGUAUACCGAAGUCCUCUGUGAUGUGAUUAAGGGCAAGGAAGAUGAGAGCAAUUGCAUUUCUAGCAAAGAGAUGAACUCUAUCUUUCAGGAAAGACCCGGACCAUCCCCUCUGAGUUCAUCUCUUUACUAUGGAUCGAAAGAGGAUAUGUAUGUUAAUUCUUCAGGUCCUCAUACCUCCGGACCAAAUACUGAUUACAAGAAAGAUGGUGGAGUAAAUGAUCCCAGUGGAAAUAAUUCAACUGGUGCUUCGAGGGGAAACUGGUGGCAAGGAUCGCUCUAUUAUUGACUUAAUCUUGAAGAUCCAUCGCAUGUGAAUCCCUGUCUGUUGUUAGGAAUCAUGAAGCUUGGAACAGUUUGAUUGAUGUAGCUUCAGGUUGUAACUUGCAGCCUUCUGUGGCAGAACUUGAAGUUUUUAUCAUGAGUUCUCCCGUUAUGUUUACCUUUCUGGAUUUGUGAGUCGAAACAUAUUGUUAGACUGAUACGGUUCAUUUAAAAUCAUUGUUUAGCCAUAACUGGCGAGAACUUUUCAGACAUUUGUGAGCCUUAGUAAUAGGACACAUACUUGUAAUAAUUGAUGAUUGAUUUUCUGGGAGUUUUAUGGAUAGUACUGAUAAAGUCUGAUGAUGCCUCAUUUUGUAUUCUUUCUUGGAUUAUUGUUAAAUACAGGCUGUAUAGUUUUGCUACCGUAAUUGAAAUCAAUAAAAGAUAAUAAGUCAUACAUGCUGCAAUAACCAUUGUUCUUACCAAUUCAAGAAAUAGGGAGAAAAUAUACUUAGAAAUGUUCAUUUGUACUCUGAUCAACAAUUUUAUUCAAAUGAAACGUUUGAAAUAAGAAGCAGGGAACUGGCCUAAUGGAUUGGAGACAUCACAUACACUCUGGUGUUACCAUAUGUUCUACAACUCCUUCUGUUAUGUUCAGUGAACUUAUCUCUUUGUAAACUCCAACGGGUGUCUCCACUACCAAACCAAGACGCAUGUUAGGGUUUGUAGUGUACCUCAAGAGCAAUGUUGAUCUUCUGUCACAAACCUAUCUUCUAGUUAUUUGUGUAAGUGCAGUGACCAUUUCUAACCUUUGUGUUCUCAGCAAUACACAAAAAUAAUCUCUCGUAAGCUGCAGCCAUUUUGGUGGCAGUAAACAAUUUCAAGGCCCUUUCCCUGGCUAACUGACCUUUCUUCUGGAGAGUAACUCUUCCAUCCUUCCAAACGUCGUACAGAGCUUUCUUCAGCAUGUCUACUGUGGGUGAAAAUGUGUAUCCUAUUUCUUGGCUAAUGACCACAGAACCUGUGAUGCUGGCAAGUUUUGUGGCCAUCAACGGUUUCCCAACAAGCAUGGCUUCCAACAAGGGGAUGUCCUUUGUCUUUCACCAACCUUCCUGCAAUUCCAAGAAUUAGUGGCGUAGGUUCUUGAAUCCCAAAUGCCAACUUGAGAUCUUCACCACUAUAAGCCUCUGGCUUGAAAAUAUCCUCAUCAACACCGUUCAAAAUAAUGUGAACGCGCUCCUCAGGUAACAUGUAGAUCCGUUUCAGGACAUCUCCCACAUGAUCACUAGUGGCAACAUGGUGAGCAUAACGUGGGAAGAAUUGUAUUUCUUCCACAACCUUGGUUACCCUUUCGGCCAAAAUGGAUGACUGCUUGUCUUGAGGAGCCCGCAGCAGUUCCUGAAUGAUGUCAGAAUGUAUAGAUUCAUAUGCAAUUCCAUGCCAACUAACAGCUAUGUUGUUAAGAUUUCUCGCUCUAAAAUGCAUCAGGCCAACACUCUCUGUGUGAACCACAUCGAAAGGUCUCCCAGUAGAAUCCUCAGCCUGAAACUGCUUCCAGAUUGUAGCUUGGUCUAGAUAACCAGCAGCCGUUGGCUGUGAGAGGUGGAAAUGUAAAUUCUCUAUCGAGGUUACAUUAGUCGAGGAAGAUGUGAACACGUGGAGCUCGUGUCCCCGUCUGGCAAGAUCCUGAUGCAGAGUCAUGGCAUGGCGCUCCAGCCCUCCAGCGUGGUGCUUGUCAGGCCAUUUCUUGACGAAAACAGCUAGCUUGAGCAAUCUUGAAGGUGGCUCAGAAGGAAAGUGAAGCGAAUUCCAUGCAGCUUGAAACGAAAGAAGGUUCAACUCUCUCUUAUCUGCCUCGACUGCAAUCUGGACAUCGGCAUAGCAGCGGUUGGAGAAGUAAGACCAACAGAUGAACAGGAACGAGGAGAAGAACGACAGAAAGAGAAGCAGGUAGCAACUGCGGCGCAAACUCAGGUAGAAGGGUUGGUCCUUAGCCAUUAAUGGUUGUGUUUUUGUUGAAGUUGUAGAUGAUCAGAAAAUUGAGUUGAAACUUUAUGCAAUCUUGAUGUGAUCUACCACUUGUUCUUGGUUUGCUUAGAGAUGCAAUUUUAUGCACACUUGGAUGAUAUAUUUAAUAUUAAUGUGAUCUGAUUCCUACA